CAGCGGCGAGCUGGCUUCCUCCUGGCCACUCGCGGGGGUGAGGGGAAGCCAGAGGAACCAGGGAGGAAGCGGAGGAGCGAGCAGGAGGCGGCGGCGGCGGCGGCGGCGGCUCCCGUUGGCCUCCGGCAGGACUGACCGCAAGGAGGCCGGAAAGCGGGCGCGCGCGGCGGAGAGGCGGGCGCGAGGCCGGAGCUUAUUUAAUGAAAAGUGCCACAGACUGAAAAACCAAACAUGAGGGUAGCAGGUGCUGCAAAGUUGGUGGUAGCUGUGGCAGUAUUUUUACUGACAUUCUAUGUUAUAUCGCAAGUAUUUGAAAUAAAAAUGGAUGCAAGUUUAGGAAAUCUAUUUGCAAGGUCUGCAUUGGAUGCAGCUGCACGUUCUACAAAACCUCCCAGAUAUAAAUGUGGGAUCUCAAAAGCUUGUCCUGAGAAGCAUUUUGCUUUUAAAAUGGCAAGUGGAGCUGCCAAUGUGGUGGGACCCAAAAUCUGCCUAGAGGACAAUGUUUUAAUGAGUGGUGUUAAGAAUAAUGUUGGAAGAGGAAUCAACGUUGCCUUAGUAAAUGGAAAAACAGGAGACGUAUUAGACACCAGAUAUUUUGACAUGUGGGGAGGAGAUGUGGCCCCAUUCAUUGAGUUUCUGAAGUCCAUACAAGAUGGAACAAUAGUCUUAAUGGGAACGUACGAUGAUGGAGCAACCAAGCUCAAUGAUGAGGCGCGGCGGCUCAUUGCUGAGUUGGGGAGCACGUCUAUUACUAAUCUUGGUUUUAGAGACAACUGGGUCUUCUGUGGUGGGAAAGGCAUUAAGACAAAAAGCCCUUUUGAACAGCACAUAAAGAACAACAAGGACACGAACAAGUAUGAAGGCUGGCCUGAGGUGGUAGAAAUGGAAGGAUGCAUCCCCCAGAAGCAAGACUGACGUGCGGAGAAUUGAGGGGGGCACACACUCACUGUCGGUGGGGACAGCUGUAACAGAACAAGGACAUGUAAAUAUUUUAAGAGCAUGCAGCCCUGGCGGUGUGUGCAUGACCAUUAUCUCUUUUGAUAUCAGGAUUAUUUAUUGCUAACGUAAAUAGACAUCUUUGUACAUAGUCAUCAUAGUGAGCAAGUCACUGAACCAUUUCUGAGCACAUCUCCCUAACGGUACAAUGUUUAGACGGCAACGAUAAUGGCAUCUUUUAGUUCUAAAAAAGCGUACCCAAUGGAUAACAGGACAGAUUUGCAAAAUAUAUUGAUAUAUCUACUAUUGCUGUGAAAAAUCUAUCAUGGAAUAAUACGGAUGUUAGGGAGACUUUGUUUUCUUUUAUAUAUAUAUAAAUAUAUAGGCUUUUGAUGAUAGUAUCUUUUAAAUUAAAAAGAUAUUUGGCUAGUUGUGUGUGUAAUGUUACUUUACAGUCUGGCUCUCCCGUUGUAUGUCUUUUCUUAGUCUUUCUCUUCCUUUCCCAAGAAACCUAGAAAUAAAAUACAAAAAUUUACAUCAAAUAUGUGAAAAGCACAACAGAAUUCUCUUUUUUUUUUUUAAUGUACACAGUAAAAAGUAAAUAUAUUCAUGUAGAUGGCAUUCAGGACCGUAGCUGGCUGGGUUUUGUGUUGGUAAUGUGAAUAACUUGAUUUUGUAUAAGCUAUUCAAGACCGGAGGUGGCAACUCCACAGAACUGAGAAAGCUGGCUGGGUCCCUGCCUCAGCCCCAUCAGGUCUUUUGAGACAGCCAUGUCAGUAUAUUUAGAGCGAGACCGGCGUACGUGUCCCUUACUUAGUUGUAAUUGGCAUUGAUCAAGCGGUUUGGAAACAGGCAUGCACUACUAUCACAAUAAUUUUGAUAUGUAAACCAAGAAAUUCCAGUUUUACUGUCCUCUAACUUCUUAAUAGCAAUUUUUUGCCUGAAAGGAUAACAACAUACUUAGAAAAGUCCUAAUUACUGAUUGGGACUGAUAACAUUUAAAAAAUAAUUUUAUUUGACACACAAUGACUUUAUACCCAAUUCUACAUAAAAAUAUAAGACAGCUAACUUUCUUGUUAACUUCAGAUGUUCACAAAAUUCCUCAAGUUUUAAAAUAUUUUUAGGGCAUUAAAUAUCAAUUGUGUAUGAAGUAUCAAACUAGAGCAUAAACAAACGUAAUGAUCAGACUGCCAUUCACCAUAAAAGGCAGCACUUAAAUUUUAGAUGACAUAAAAAAACUUAAGCAGUAUUUUUGAUUUUGCUGUAAACCAAGUUGGGAGUUAUUUGGCUUUUUCUAAAUAUCAGUGAGUUUGGGGGUACUGUUUCUUCCCUCAAACUGAAUGUAAUUCAUGAAUAAAAUGCACCUUACACAUUUAGACAAUUUUUGUAAACUUUUCAGAUUUUCGGUGCUUAUAUGGUAAAUCACAUUCAGCACAUGUAUUUUGACAUUUAAAAUACUUCCCUCGAUUCUGUAAAUUAAAAGAAUAGCUAUUUUACAGUUCCAGGGAUUGUGAAAUAAAUGUUCCUUUUUUUAAAUAAUGAGAAUAAAUACUCUUGGUUUUUGCAUUGUGAACUUUUUUGUAUUAUCUGGCAAAGUGUGAUACCAACAGAUCCUCACACAAAGGUUUGUCAGGCGUUUAUUGUUCUGCUUAAUGUGCAAGAUCUGUCAUUCUUGUUCAACAUGCUAAUAUCAGGAUAUAUCUAAACACCGAUGGAAUUUAAGUAUCUAGAUGGCAGGACAUCCCUUUCAAGAUAAAGACUAUAAUAGCUUUGUAGAGGUGGAUAAAACAUAAGGGAUAAAGAUGGGUUAUGUAACUGCUUUCAUGCAGUUUGCUUCUGUUUGAAUUCUGUCUUUUAUAGAUUAUGCCGACUUUUAACUUUGGAAGCAAUAACCUUACUGUAUUUCAUUUUCAGAUAGCUUUAAAAAAAUCAACAUUGCAAAUGCGGCAACACUCAUCUAAUUUUCAGAAUUUUCAUUAAAAUCAGAAAUUUGGCAUUGACACUUUGAUAUUUUAAAUGGUGUUUAAGGACUUACAGAUGUGUUUUGUAUUUGUAAUCAUAGAUGCUUUCCCUUGAACAAGUGUAUUAUAAUAUGCCUGUUAAAAUUAAGCGAAGACAGUAGAAAAAUUAGUGAUAUUUGAGAACUUAAAGAAAAAUUGGGUCAGAAUCUUUAUAUUCCUGACUUUGAUUAAAGUAAAAUUUAUCAUUGUUCUUUCUAUAUUGUAUUUGUUUUGAAGUGAAUUAGCUAAUAUUUUAUAAUUUUUUACCACAUGAAGCUCAGUGCAUUUAGCCUGUAUUAUGUUUUAUAAACUUAAAGUUUAUACAAAUUAUAAGUAAGUUGACCCCCCCCAAAAAGAUGUUAGUUUCAUUCAAUUUGGUUGGCACUCCUCAUUUUUGAAUAAAAGAAUGAGAAACA